GUCAUUUACUUAUUCAUCUAUUUAUUUAUUGGUUAUUCAUUUCACAAUGGCGCAAAAGCACGACCGCAAUCAAGAGGCGUCCGUAUACAUUGGAAACCUGGACGACCGGGUGACUGAUGCGCUGAUCUGGGAGCUCAUGGUGCAGGCGGGGCCAGUGCUCAACGUGCACCUGCCCAAGGACCGCGUAACGCAGGGCACGCAGGGCUACGGGUUCUGCGAGUUCCAGAGCUCCGAGGACGCUGACUACGCGGUGAAGAUAAUGAACAUGGUUAAGCUGUUCGGCAAGCCGAUGCGAGUCAACAAGGCGUCUGUGGACAAGCGUAUGCAGCAAGAUGUCGGCGCCAAGCUCUUCAUUGGAAACCUGGAUCCAGAGGUUGAUGAGAAGGCGCUGUAUGAUACUUUUGCAGCGUUUGGCGAUAUGGUGCAGGCGCCCAAGGUUGCCAGGGAUGGGGUUUCGGGGAAUUCGCGCGGCUUUGCGUUUGUGUCUUAUACGACGUUUGAGGCUGCGGAUAUGGCUGUGGAGGCGAUGAAUGGCCAGUAUUUGGCAAUAAGCCGGUGUCUGUUGGAUACGCCUUUAAGAAGGACGCGAAGGGCGAGCGCCAUGGCGAAAAUCAGUGGCGGGUGA